AUGUCCUGUUCUCUAGAAUCAGAUCAAAGCCAGUCCAACAACAACAACAUGUCCUGUUCUCUAGAAUCAGAUCAAACCCAGUCCAACAACAUGUCCUGUUCUCUAGAAUCAGAUCAAACCCAGUCCAACAACAUGCCCUGUUCUCUAGAAUCAGACCAUACCCAGUCCAACAACAACAUGCCCUGUUCUCUAGAAUCAGACCAUACCCAGUCCAACAACAACAUGUCCUCUUCUCUAGAAUCAGACCAUACCCAGUCCAACAACAACAUGUCCUGUUCUCUAGAAUCAGACCAUACCCAGUCCAACAACAUGUCCUGUUCUCUAGAAUCAGAUCAAACCCAGUCCAACAACAUGCCCUGUUCUCUAGAAUCAGACCAUACCCAGUCCAACAACAUGCCCUGUUCUCUAGAAUCAGAUCAUACCCAGUCCAACAACAACAGGCCCUGUUCUCUAGAAUCAGAUCAAACCCAGUCCAACAACAACAUGUCCUGUUCUCUAGAAUCAGACCAUACCCAGUCCAACAACAACAUGUCCUCUUCUCUAGAAUCAGACCAUACCCAGUCCAACAACAACAUGUCCUGUUCUCUAGAAUCAGACCAUACCCAGUCCAACAACAUGUCCUGUUCUCUAGAAUCAGAUCAUACCCAGUCUAACAACAACAUGUCCUGUUCUCUAGAAUCAGACCAUACCCAGUCCAACAACAACAACAUGUCCUGUUCUCUAGAAUCAGAUCAAACCCAGUCCAACAACAACAUGCCCUGUUCUCUAGAAUCAGAUCAAACCCAGUCCAACAACAACAUGUCCUGCUCUCUAGAAUCAGAUCAAACCCAGUCCAACAACAACAUGUCCUGUUCUCUAGAAUCAGAUCAAACCCAGUCCAACAACAACAACAUGUCCUGUUCUCUAGAAUCAGAUCAAACCCAGUCCAACAACAUGUCCUGUUCUCUAGAAUCAGAUCAAACCCAGUCCAACAACAUGCCCUGUUCUCUAGAAUCAGACCAUACCCAGUCCAACAACAACAUGUCCUCUUCUCUAGAAUCAGACCAUACCCAGUCCAACAACAACAUGUCCUGUUCUCUAGAAUCAGACCAUACCCAGUCCAACAACAUGUCCUGUUCUCUAGAAUCAGAUCAAACCCAGUCCAACAACAUGCCCUGUUCUCUAGAAUCAGACCAUACCCAGUCCAACAACAUGCCCUGUUCUCUAGAAUCAGAUCAUACCCAGUCCAACAACAACAUGUCCUGUUCUCUAGAAUCAGACCAUACCCAGUCCAACAACAACAUGUCCUCUUCUCUAGAAUCAGACCAUACCCAGUCCAACAACAACAUGUCCUGUUCUCUAGAAUCAGACCAUACCCAGUCCAACAACAUGUCCUGUUCUCUAGAAUCAGAUCAUACCCAGUCUAACAACAACAUGUCCUGUUCUCUAGAAUCAGACCAUACCCAGUCCAACAACAACAACAUGUCCUGUUCUCUAGAAUCAGAUCAAACCCAGUCCAACAACAACAUGCCCUGUUCUCUAGAAUCAGAUCAAACCCAGUCCAACAACAACAUGUCCUGUUCUCUAGAAUCAGAUCAAACCCAGUCCAACAACAACAUGUCCUGUUCUCUAGAAUCAGAUCAAACCCAGUCCAACAACAACAACAUGUCCUGUUCUCUAGAAUCAGAUCAAACCCAGUCCAACAACAUGUCCUGUUCUCUAGAAUCAGAUCAAACCCAGUCCAACAACAUGCCCUGUUCUCUAGAAUCAGAUCAUACCCAGUCCAACAACAACAUGUCCUAUUCUCUAGAAUCAGACCAUACCCAGUCCAACAACAUGCCCUGUUCUCUAGAAUCAGAUCAAACCCAGUCCAACAACAACAUGUCCUGUUCUCUAGAAUCAGACCAUACCCAGUCCAACAACAUGCCCUGUUCUCUAGAAUCAGAUCAUACCCAGUCCAACAACAACAUGUCCUGUUGUCUAGAAUCAGACCAUACCCAGUCCAACAACAUGCCCUGUUCUCUAGAAUCAGAUCAUACCCAGUCCAACAACAACAUGCCCUGUUCUCUAGAAUCAGAUCAAACCCAGUCCAACAACAACAUGCCCUGUUCUCUAGAAUCAGAUCAUACCCAGUCCAACAACAACAUGCCCUGUUCUCUAGAAUCAGAUCAAACCCAGUCCAACAACAACAUGCCCUGUUCUCUAGAAUCAGAUCAUACCCAGUCCAACAACAUGCCCUGUUCUCUAGAAUCAGACCAUACCCAGUCCAAUAACAUGCCCUGUUCUCUAGAAUCAGAUCAAACCCAGUCCAACAACAACAUGUCCUGUUCUCUAUAA